GUCGGCGGCGCCAUGGCGACGGCGCGCGGCGGCGGCGGCUUCCCUCGGGCGCUGCCGCUGCUGCUGCCGCUGCUACUGCUGCUGCUGCUGCUGCCCCGCGCCGCCGCCGAGCAGGUUGUCCUGCUGGACUCGAAGGAAUCGCAAGCAGAGCUGGGCUGGACCUCACACCCAUCAAAUGGGUGGGAAGAAAUCAGUGGCGUGGAUGAGAAUUACAAGCCGAUUCGCACGUACCAGGUCUGCAAUGUCAUGGAGCCGAACCAGAACAACUGGCUGCAGACGGGCUGGAUUGCCAGGCGGGAUGGCCAGAGGAUCUUCAUUGAGCUGAAGUUCACCCUGCGGGACUGCAACAGCAUCCCUGGCGUGACGGGCACCUGCAAGGAGACUUUCAAUCUGUAUUACGUUGAGUCAGACUCUGACCUGGGCCGUAGCGUCCGUGAGAGCAAGCACACCAAGAUCGACACCAUUGCUGCUGAUGAGAGCUUCACACAGGGGGACCUGGGUGAGCGUAAGAUGAAGCUGAACACCGAGCUGAGGGAGAUUGGGCACCUGAGCAAGAGAGGCUUCCACCUGGGCUUCCAGGAUGUGGGCGCCUGCGUGGCGCUGGUCUCCGUGCGGGUCUAUUACAAGAAGUGCCUUGCCACUGUGCAGAACCUGGCCGUGUUCCCAGACACGGUGGCGGAGACGGCCUUCGCGACUUUGGUGGAAGUUAAGGGCACUUGUGUUGCUCACGCCGAAGUGGAUGUGGAUAACCCCCCCCGGAUGCACUGCAGUGCGGAGGGCGAGUGGCUGGUCCCCAUAGGCAAAUGCACGUGCGGUCCCGGCUUUGAGGAGAAGGACGGGGGAUGCAGAGCUUGCCUUCCUGGAUUUUACAAGCCUUCCCUCCGUCUCCCUCUCUGCUCUCCUUGCCCUGAGCACAGCUUCACACAUGAGGAAGCCUCCACGUUCUGUUUGUGCCAGAAGAACUACUCCAGGUCUCCGUCAGACCCACCAUCUGCCUCCUGUACACGUCCACCCUCUGCCCCGAGGAACCUGGUCUACAGCCUGCGGCAGACAUCGCUGGUGCUGGAGUGGAGUGCCCCUGCCGAUGCGGGCGGCCGAAGCGACCUGACCUACAGCUUGUGGUGCGGCCGCUGCCCAGCAGCUCUGCGGGGCCGCUGCGAGCAGUGUGGCAGCAGCGUGGGCUUCGUGCCACAGCAGACGGGGCUCGUGGACCGGACCGUCACCCUGGUGAACCUGCUGCCUCAUGUCAACUACACCAUCCGUGUGGCAGCUGUCAACGGCGUCUCAGGCAUCAGCCCGCUGUGGGGGCAGCAGUACGCCGAGGUCAACAUCUCCACCGGCCUCGCAGUGCCGACUCCCAUCACCGACAUCCGCAUGGAUAAAGUCGAGCAGAAGAGCGUCUCCUUGUCGUGGCAGGAGCCGGGCUUCCCCACCACCAACGGCACCGAGUACGAGGUCAAGUACUAUGAGAAGGAUCAGAGAGAUCAAAGUUACUCAACUGUGAAAACCACAUCAACGGCCGUGACGGUCAAUAACCUGAAGCCUGGCACACUCUAUAUUUUCCAAAUCCGGACAUCUUCCUCACCGGACUACGGAAAUUACAACCCCAGUAUUGAAGUGGAGACGCUGGCAGAGUUGACGGUGGCCUCCAGCGAGCAGAACCCCGUCCUCAUCAUCGCGGUGGUGGCCAUCGCGGGGCUGACGGUGCUGGUGUCCAUGGUAAUCGGCAUGAUGGUGUGGAGGAGACAGUGUGGGUACAGCAAAGCCAGCCAGGACGGGGACGAGGAGCUGUACUUCCACUUUAAAAUACCAACCAGGAGGACGUACAUCGACCCUGACACUUGUGAAGACCCCAUGCAGGCUGUGCACCUCUUUGCCAAAGAGCUGGAUAACGCUAGUAUUAAAAUUGAGAGGAUCAUUGGGACAGGGGAGUUUGGAGAAAUCUGCCGGGGCUGCCUGAAGCUGCCCAGCAAGCGAGAGCUGCCGGUGGCCAUCCAGACCCUGCGGGCAGGGUGCUCGGAGAAGCAGCAGCGUUCCUUCCUGGCGGAGGCAUGCACCAUGGGCCAGUUUGAUCACUCCAACGUCAUCCGCCUGGAGGGGGUCAUCACCAGAGGGAGUACCAUGAUGAUAGUGAUGGAGUACAUGGGGAACGGCGUGCUGGACUCUUUUCUCAGGAAACAUGAGGGACAGUUCACAGCCACCCAGCUCGUUUGCAUGUUGCAGGGGAUUGCCUCUGGCAUGAAGUACCUGGCAGAGAUGGGCUACAUACACAAAAGCCUUGCUGCCCACAAAGUCCUUGUGAACAGCAGCCUAGCUUGCAAAAUAACUGGUUUCAGACGGCCCCAAGAAGAUAAGAUGGAGACCAUCUUCUCCACCAUGCGCAGGAAGAGCCUGGUGCUGUGGUCAGCCCCUGAAGCCAUCCAGUACCACCACUUCAGUCCGGCCAGCGAUGUGUGGAGCUUUGGCAUCGUCAUGUGGGAAGUCAUGUCCUACGGCGAGAGACCCUACUGGGACAUGUCCAACCAGGACGUGAUGAAGGCUGUGGAGGAUGGGUUCCGCCUGCCCGCCCCUGUGAACUGCCAGCCGCCGCUCCACCAGCUCAUGCUUGACUGCUGGCAGAAGGACCGCAGCCAGAGACCCAAGUUCUCGCACAUCCACAACAUCCUGAGCAAGUUGGUGCAGAGCCCAGAGCCCCCGAAGUGCCCCAGCUCCACCUGCACCAGGUCCCACAGCACGUCUAUACCCCUCACCGAGCGAACCUUCUCGGCCUUCCCGUCUUUCAGCUCUGUAGGCGAGUGGCUGGAGGCAAUAGAAAUGGGCAGGUACAAAGACAACUUCACAGCUGCAGGCUACUGCUAUCUGGAAUCAGUGGCCAGGAUGACAGCCCAAGACAUCCUCAGCCUGGGCAUCACGCUGGUGGAGCACCAGAAGACCAUCCUGAGCGGGAUCCAGACUCUCCGCGCACAGGUGAUCCAAAUGCAUGGCCGAGGCGUGCAGGUGUGAAGCAGACCCCCACAGCGGUGCGGAGCACUGACCUGGUGCUCCCAGGGAGGAGCAGCCAGCCAGCCCCAAACUGGACCAAAUCUCUGAUGUACCGCGGUUUCAGGUGGGAUGUAGGAAUCACUGGGCUGCUGCCAAACAAGUCAUUCCACGUGGCAAGAGAGCAGGGCUUCCCGUCCCCUGUGCCGGGAAAGCCAAGGAUUCCUGGGUCACACGCCUGCGGUGUACCUAGGUGGACGUGGCUCUCCCCAGCACUGUUUUGUAAAAUGAAUCAAACUGUAAUAAUGCCAUUUCGUAUGGUAAUUAGGUUAACAGGGUGGAUGGAUGUUUGCGCACUGUCUUAAUCCAGAGUUGACAGCAUUUUCGUAUCUAGCAUCCUUCUGGUGAAAUCCAUGGGUAUUUUUAUACAAGCUGACAUGUUCUAGCAACCCCACAAGGAGCUUUUAUUGCUUUUAUUUUUAGACACUGGAGCACAGCUCACACCCAGCGCCCAACUCCUGGAAGGUGACUUUCCCCAUCUGCUAUGCUAAAGGAAACUCUUUCCCAGCCACAUCCCUUCUGCUCCGAGAGUUACUUCACUGAGCCUUGACACCCCAGUUGGUGAACAAAAAUAUUCUCUGCUAAAGUGCGGAGCAAAUGGUGCUGAAUGUUUCUAAGGCUCCUUAGAAAGGAGCCUCCCAGUUCAGCCAGAAAUGGGAUGAAAACCUGGGAAUUGGUUUGGAGUGAGAGAGACAGCGGGCAUGGCUGUGAUUUGGGGGGCUGCUUCCCAUGUCCACUCUGGCAGCAUAUCCCUGGCCGCUGGAAGGGCCCCCUCAGCUGCGGGGAGUGCUCUUCCCCGCCUCCUGCUCCUCCUCCUCCUCUGGCCCCAUGCCUGGUUGGGAGCGGGGAAGGGAGAGGCAGAAGCCUGUCUGGAGCAUCCUGCCCUGCUGUGCCGGGGCAUCAGUUUUCCACCACAGGUCAAUGGCUGGAUGGAGGUCCGUGCCCGAGGGCUGCAGUGCCAGCGCACCCCACAUCACCCACAGCCUCUGCAGCAGGUGCACCUCAGCUGUGGGUGCUCGGGGUGGCUGUAGGGGCUGUGCCGGGAACUGUGCACCCCAGCCCCACACUGACCAUUGCAUCUGUGGGAUCCCUGAAAUCCUGCCGUGCAAUCCAGGCAACCCAGGGCACAUCAGCACUUUAUUUUAUUGCGGACAGUAGCGCAGUACUGCCUGCCUUGCGUGCCGGCAGUUCCCACUGAUGUGGGCCUGAUCCCUGAUGAAAAACCUAAAUAACACCUGCUUAAUAAUAGAAGUUUCCUUGAAGUUAGUUAAUGAAAUGCAUCUUUGCAGCCUUGUGUGGAGUUUUGUAGGCCUUUUAUUAUCAUCUGUAAGUGUUGCAAAUGAAUUAGCGAUGAUGAAAGGCAAAGAUUUAUAAAGGGAGUGAAUGCUGUGGGAGAUGUUCACAAUGUGGCUGGAAAUCUGUUUGAGUCAGAUCCUUCUAUUAACCUGCUCUGAGAGGAUGAGGAUCUAAACGAUGAUGGAGCAGAGGGCCCUCGGGCAUCUCUCGCGUGGCUGGCACAGCACCUGCCCUGCCGCGGUGUCUUCCCCUCCCGGUCAUGCGGUCAAGCAGGGCGGCGUGGCCAUAGGUGCUGGUGGCCAUCCUGGCCCCGCUGGCCCUUGCACAACACGUCACUGCAGGGAUCCAGCUUCUGCUUAGCAAAGCCUCAUGCACUGUCGUUUUCUUUUCGCCAGCCCUCGGGCUCUUCUGGCUCGGCUGCAUGCCCAGGAGUGCUCCAAAGUGGCAAGAUUUCACUUUUUUCAGAUAUUUUAGCUUGACUGCAUCAGAGAUCAGAACUCUCUGCCUGAACUUCGCUGAUCGGUGGUGUCAAGAAGGUGCCAGCUAAUGGUGGAUUAUCGCUCUUUCUGCCUUGUGCCGGCGUUGCUGGGCAGUGCUGCGCUGGGCACCGUGCGCUCCCAGCUGCUCUGGGGUCCCGCAGCCCCGGUGGCACUGGCUGGCAGGGAGAAGGGCACCUUCCACCAUGCAGGUCCUGAGCUCCCAGUAGCGAACCCCAAGGGGGGCGUGAGGCAGCACAGAGACGUGUGUGCAGAGCUUGAGACGGGAACGCUCGCCCUGCAGGACCCGGAGCUGCUGGCACGCUGUGGGCAGAUGCGUGCUGGGCACGCUCCAGGGAGUUUGCUGCUCACCGGGGUAAAGAAGCUCUCUCCUUCCUGCCACCUCGGCACUUUAAACAACGUCCCCCAGUGUCACUUGGUUAUUAGCGGAAAUAAUUUUGUCUUUAAGUUUGGCCCUUGUGUGGUCUGGUCGGUCACUCGCCAUCCUGCUGUUUCUCACCCAGAAGAGUAAUAAAGGUGAACCAAAACCUUCAUUUGGUAGAAAUGCCAGAUCCCAAGGAUCAAGUGCAAUUUGUAUGCUCUUUAUGUUUACAUUUUAUCUAUAGAGAAAGUAUAUUAUAGUUCUUUAGGCAAGGAGUUGAACCAACUUGAUUCCGGAUCCUUUCCCCCAUCUCCCUGCUUUUGUCCUGUCGGUGGGAUCUGCAGCAGCCUCCUGUGUCGGGAUGCCGGGAGCUGCAGCCGGUGGGUGCAGCUGCUUUCAGGGAGGUCUGGGGAAAUCCAGGGCUUGGUGACAUGGUGACAGAGUGCUUCAGGGUCUGGGAAACAGAGCUGGCUGUGAGCAGGACCCCCAAAGCAGACCCUGUCUCCACAGUUCGGGGUGCGAGGAGGGGCCGGCUGUGUGCAGGGCUGCCCCAGUCUGCCCCCCACUCCCUCUGGACGCUGCCUAGUGGAGAGAGCGAAACCCCAGCACAGCUUAGCCAGAGUCGUGGCACUUUCUCCCAGGACACGGUGACCGGUGGCUCGCUGGGAGCUGUGGGUCCCUUGGGAAGCCUCCGUGGCCAUGUGGGCAGGGGUCCCUGCCCUCCCGCAGCCACUGAGCUCUGCAGGGGGCUGGCAGCCCCGCAGCUCCUGUGCUGUUUGCUUGUGUGAGCGCCUGGUGCUCGCUCUGUGCUGGAGCACUCCAAGUAAGACCAUCUUUCAAUCAUCUCUUUAGCAUUCCCCCCACUGAAUUAGGCUCCCACCCUACCUCCUCUAGCACAAACCGAACUGAAAGUGUAAUUUCUCUGUCUGCGUGUCUCUAGCUGUUCCCAAAAGAAAUUCAGUAUUUAAUUACUUUCCUGACUCUACCCUGGUGAGGGUCUCGUGGUGUUUCAGAAAGCUGUUUCUUUUAGACAGUGUGGUUCUGUGGAUGGGAUCAUGCUCUAACUCAGCUGAAACAAGAGGCAUUUGCUUUCCUGGCCUCUCCUUCAAGAAAGAAAAGAAAAAGCACAUAAUGGAAAUACGCUUCCUAGCCUAGCUCGUUGCAACAGUAAACACUUUUAAUUGAACUCCUCAUCAAUGCUGAAGAUAACAAAAUGAGCAGAUUAAGCUGUGGAUUGUUGUGAUGAUUUUAAAAUUAACUUGCCUCCUCUCAGCACCUCUCUUCGGGGAAGUAUUCAAUGCCUUAUAAUUAAAUUAAUUAGCAACACUGUUUUGAAUCUGCUUGACCAAGGGAAAUGCCUCAAAAAUUAUUUCAGUCUCUUUGUGCAUCCAGCGUCUGACCCUGUGCAAGGCUCCUUCCUCCUCCCUUGGCUGCGGGGAAGCCCCAGUCACAUUGGUGCUAACAGGGGCUCAGGACCGGCCGAGCACGCUCCCCGUCUCUGCAGCAGCGUUAGCAUUAAUGGGCUUGUUCAGGGAAGAAAAAACAACGAGUGUUUGGUAAUCUGGGGGCUUUGGAGCUAAUCAAUGCUGUUCUGAGAGGGUUAGAUUUUAGGUGUUCAGGCAGAGUGGGGGCCAGGUAGGAAUUAGAGGAGCGGAGCAAGUGCAGGUAUCUGAGCUCGUGUGCAGACGAGCCUGUUUGUGCAGGGAGGGGAAGCACCUGGAACACAACCCCUGCCCCUCAGUGUCCCGCCGGCUGUCGGUGCCUUGUGACGGUAAAGGAGGACACUGUUUCCAUCGCGUGACCUCAGGAAGAGCAGUGCAGCUUUGGGGGGCAGCGAUGUGGCCCCGGCAUCCAGCCUCGCAUCCUCAGCGUUCGUUGCUGAGGCAACACUUUGCUGCCCUGGUACAGUAGCAGGAAAGCUCCUUUUCCUGGGCUUUGCUUGGUAUUCCUCAUGGGAACGUCUCCGCUGGGUGUUCCUUUCUGCUGGGGAGAACAGGCACAGCCUCUCCUGGGGCGGCUGGAGAGCGAUUCCCACUGGGGAGCGAUUCCCUGCAGCUUUGCUUUGCAGGAGGGGCCCUUUCCCCUCAGCUCCCUCGGCUGCAGUCCCCAAAUCUCCCUCCUGUGUCACGUCUUGUUUUCCAUGAGGUCGGAAGGACGGACCCUAACCACAUGUCCAAUCUUGCACUGCAUCCUGCACAGCAAGGCACAGCGCCUGCGGGAUCAGGCCCCAUGGGGCUAUAGGGGUGAGGGAGGGGGCAAGGGACGUGUCUCCCAUCCCCAGGGACGGCAGCAUUAGGAACAACGUGCUGGAGCCAGGAUUUGGGAAGCUCCGGCUGCAGCCCGAUGUGGUGCUGCUCAGUGUGGGCAGGAUGUGCCGGCACCUCCAACAACCCCCUUCGCGUGAAACCAAAACUGGAGUCAAGUUGGUUCAUCUCCACACGCUUUUUGAUAUUCAUUAACCACGUGUUAUAUACUGUAAAUACAUACUUGAGAAGUCAAUAUAUAUUUUUAUAAGCUUGAAACAAAUGUAAUAUAAUAUCAUAAGGGACACUGUGUACAUUUCAUGUUUGAACUAUAGUCAGACAUCUCCAGGGAAUCACAGUUGGUUUGGAAUAAUUAAUAAUAAUAAUAAUAAAAGGUAAUAAAGAUCUAUUGACACUUUU